AUGGACACUGUAUCCACCCUCCAAGCGCUAGUAAACUCGGUGACGCGCCAUGCUUGGAAGCUCGAAACGCUGGAAGGCUACCAGGGCGGCGUGAACCGCUUCCUCGCCUUCUGCUCUGCCAACAACAUUCCCUUAUCCUUCCCUUCGCCCGAAUGGCUGGUAUGCGCCUUUGCAGCCCAUAGAGCGGGCUCCUGCUCAGGCUCUGCUGUAGCCAACGAUGUCGCGGGUCUUCGGGCUUGGCACAUCGCCAAUGGUCUUCCUUGGCUCGGCGGGAUUCGUCUGAAGUACGUUCUCCGCUCGGCGGUUCGUCUCACCCCCGACUCUUCCAAACGACCCCCGCGCCCUCCAGUAACCUCAGAGAUGCUCGAGGCCUUGCACUCCUCCCUCGAUGCCUCACUUCCUCUCCAUGCGUGCGUUCUGGCCUGUGCCGACACGGUCUUCUGGGGGCAGGGACGCCUAGGCGAAUUCCUCCCCACCUCUCAAUCCCGCUUCUCGCACAACUUCUUCCCUACCCCUGCCUGCCUGCGCAGCACGUCCUCCGGCGAGUCGUUGAUGUGCCACCUUCCCUGGACCAAAGUCUCGAAAGAGAAAGGGGAGGACAUCUUCCUAGGUCGCCAGCUGGGUCCUUCAGAUCCCAUUUCAUCCCUCCUCGCCCAUCUUACGGCAAGCCCAGACAUCCUGGUCUCCCCCACGUCCUCUCACCUCUUCGCUUACAGUGGAGGCGCGGGUAGGCUGAUCUCCCUCACAAAGCGCAAGUUCCUGCUGGUGUGUAACUCAGUCUGGACGGCUCAGGGUCUGCCUCGCAUCUCCGGUCACUGUUUCCGCAUCGACGGGACCACCGAGCUGCUUCUACGCAAUGUCCCCCCUCACAUUGUCAAGGUGAUGGGGCGGUGGUCGUCAGAUUCUUUCCUUCGCUACUGGCGCAACUUGGAGCACAUCGCUCCCUUGCAUGCAGAGCUCUUGGGCCCCAAACUGUCCCCCCUCCUCGCUCGCACCUCUCGAUCUCACGGCGCGUAGUCUAUGUUUUCGCCCUCCUCGUGUGUGGGUGGCGUCUGUUUCCUUCCUUCUGUCUCUCCUUCUUUCGGCCCUCGACGCGUUCUUCGUCUUGCUGUGUGUGGGUGGUCUUCGUGGCCUCCUCAGGGUUCACUCUCUCGGACCGAUGGAUUCAGACUGGUUCUAGUACUGUACGAUCGUAGCAUGCGCCGUCUGCACGCUAGUAGUCUGUCUCGUAGUUCUGUCCGAUCCCCCCAAAACACGCAGGCGGGACUUGCACCCCCAUAUCCAUCUUACCUAAGAAGACACGUCAGCACG